UGAAACUUUCCCUAGGCUUUGGGAGAGUUCCACGAGCGCGAAAUGUUGUCAACUGUCAACAAAAACUUGUUGGAGGGACACAUCGACUGUUGCAAAGAUCAAGUGCUAAAAAUGCCUGUUGUGUUGUAUACAACUUUUGAAAUGAACAUGAUAAAGAUGCCACAUAAUAUCUGAGUUGUCUGCAUUUGAGAAAUCAUAAAGUCGAAGACUUAUUAGACUAGAAUGACAGAACAUCUUGAACAAAUGAGGCAGGACUGAAACGAACUUUUUAAAAAAAUUUUUCUUCGCCAACGGCCCGAGUUCGUGUCGUCGGCCACUGACUUUCACUUUCACUUUGUGCCUGUGGACUGUUGGCUUAAAGUGAAGGGACUUAGUGUGAGUUUGCAGGGACAAAAAGUCUUGACAGCUCCCCACCAUGGCCGGCCGACAUCAGACGCGGGAAUUGGACUCGGACCUCCACAUUCUCGAGCAGCGAAUUCUUCAACAUAUCGGCAGCGGCAUGGACAGCACGAUAGAUGUUGUCUCAAACAUUGCAGAGUACUGUGAGGGUGAUGUUAAACUUAGGCAGGAUGCUAGGACUAUCAUGGCCGACUAUGUGCAGAUGGAAGCGGAGGUGAAGCAGUAUAUUGCUGCUCUCAAUCAUGUCAAAUCAAUGAGUAGCCGGUCAGAGGACGAAGUGAACCCGCGAGCGGAGUUUGACAACAAGAUGACCCAGAUUCAGUCUCAGGGGGACGUGGACGUGGAAGGCCACCCCAAGUUUCAAGCCAUGGAGGAGCAGUUUGUCAAUGUGGAAGACAUAGAAGCAGAGUUGGAGACGCUGAAGAGUAACCUGUUGGGCGAAACAGAGGACGAUGAAGUGGCCUUGACCCAGACAGAGGUCAACAUCAAGUGUCCCUACACGGGGAAGAACAUGGUGGAUCCUGUGCGUAACACCAUCUGUGGACACGUGUUUGACCGCGAUGGCAUCAUGGGGCAUAUCCGGGCCAAGAAAGCUAGGGCAAAAUGCCCUGUGGGAGGAUGUGGGAACACCCAGCCCAUAAAGCCUGAGCACCUGGUGGAGCACACCGACCUAAAGCGAUACAUCAUGUUACUGGCAAAACAGCAGCGAUGAAAUCUCUACUGUAUAUAUAUAUGAAGUUGAAAUUGUCUAUAAGUCGGUCACCUUUUUGUCAAGGAGGAAAAGUGGCCAUCUUACACUAUGUCGUUACGAUAUAAAAAAGACCAAGGAA